AUGGGAAACAACUCCCCAAAAGACCGUAACUACAGACCAUUGGAAGGCAAAGUAGCUUUGGUUACCGGAGCUUCGAGAGGUGUUGGUCGUGGAACGGCUAUUGAGCUGGCAGCUGCUGGAGCGUUGGUUUACGUUACCUGCCGACCUAUAAACUACGGUCAAAAUCGAAGAGUUGGCGGUGAUAUCUUUGAUGUUGCUAAGGAGGUGGGUCUUGAGAUUGGGUUAAGGUUGGGGUCUUCAAUAUGAUCAUCACCGUUAUCAUACUCUACACUAUUUCCCUCUGUUUGAUUGUGAGACCCGUUUUUAGCAUAAAACAAAAAACUUUUUUAAAACUUUUUAUUCAGAUCAAACGCCGCCAAGGAAAAUGCGUAGUAAUCUACUGUGAUCACAAUGAUCCACAGCAAGUCAGCACCUUAUUCGAAAGAAUCGACCGUGAAACUGAUGGUCGGCUAGACAUACUGGUCAACAACGCCUACUCGGCUGUCGAAUUCAUCAUGAGAAAUACGUUGUGCAAGUUCUACGACUAUCAAAUGCAACCCGAAAGAGCAUUCGAUUUGUCAGUGACUGUAGGCUUGAGAAAUGCUUACAUCUGUGCUGUAUAUGCUGCCAAAAUGAUGGUUAAACGCAGGAGUGGGAUCAUUAUUAACAUGUCAUCAAUUGGCUCGCUGGCUCAUCUGUUUGACGUUUCUUAUGGUGUUACUAAGGCUGGGGUAAGUAUAAGGUUGGCUAGAAAGUAAGAAAGAAGUAAUUGGGUGGCAAGGGACGUUUCCCUGAUUAGGAGACUAGACAUUAAGUCAGAAAUACAACUUUCAAAAAAUUUUUAAAAAUCUACCCCAAAAAAAUUCUUGAAAAUAUUGCCCCGCCCAUUUAUUUUUUAUUUUUUAAGUUCUUUUAAAGUAUGCAAAAAUUUUAAUAAAAGUUUAAAAAAUCCACUACCAAAACAAAUUGAAAAAAUUACCCCGCCUAUAUUUUUUUCAUUAUUUUUUUAACUUGUUAUUGUAAUUUGAUGUUUUAUAGAAAAAAAGAUAAAAAAUCCACCCCAAGAAAUAUUUGAAAAAUUACCCCGCCCAAAAUUUUUUCCAAACGUAUAUUUGAAUACAGCCCCUAGAGUUAAAAAAAACUACUUUACCUUGCCCUACCCUACUUUAUCAUACUUUAUCCUACCCUGCCCUAUUCUGCCUUACCUUACACAACCUACCCUACCUUAUCCUACCCUGCCAUAUUCUGCCUUACCUUACACAACCCACCCUACCUUAUCUUACUUUGCCUUACCUUGCUCUAUUCUGCCUUAACCUACCCUACGCUGCCACACCCUACUGUACUUUAUUUUACCCUACCCUAAUUUUUUUCAGUUAGACAAAAUGACUAGUGAAAUGGCUCUCGACCUGGUGGAUGACAAUGUCACUGUAAUCUCACUACAUCCAGGUCCUGUAAAAACAGAAACAAUUACUGAUAUUGUUUUAUCUGACAAUAACGAUAACCAAUCUCAAAAAGACUUGUUUAAAAUCGGAGAGUCGAUUUAUCUUACCGGUCGGAUUUUGGUGCGAUUGGCUUGUGACAGGAACAUUAUCAGCAAAACUGGAAAAGUGCUGCCUAAUGCUAUAUUGGCUACUGAGUAUAAAGUCAAGGACGUUGAUGAUCGUGAGUUUUUUGUCAUUAAACAUGCCAUCUAGGCCUAGGCCUACUAAGCCUAAGACUACUAUGCCUAAACUACUAAACCAAAGCCUACUAAGCGUAAGCUUACUAAGCCUAAGCCUACUAACCCUAAUUCUACUAAGCGUAAGACUACUAAGCCUAAGCUUACUAAGCCUAAGGCUAUUAAGUUUAUGCUUACUAAACCUAAGCGUACUAAGCCUAAGCUUACUAUGCUUAAGCCUACUAAACCUAAGCCUACUAAGCCUAAGCUACUGAGCCUAAGUCUUCUAAGCCAAAGCCUACUAAGUCUAAGUCUACUAAGCAUAAGCCUACCAAGCCUAAGCCUACUAAGUCUAAGCCUACUAAGCCUAAGCUACUAAGCCAAAGCCUACUAAGUCUAAGCCUACUAAGCCUAAGCCUACAAAGCCUAAGACUACUAAGCCUGAGCCUACUAAGCCUAAGCUACUAAGCCAAAGCCUACUAAGUCUAAGCCUACUAAGCCUAAGCCUACAAAGCCUAAGACUACUAAGCUUAAGCCUACUAAGCCUAAGCCUACUAAGCCUAGGCCUACUAAGCCUAAGCCUACUAACGCUAAGCUUACUAAGCCCUUGUAAAGUACAUAAAUCAAAUCUUGACUUUUAUAGGACCAGUACCAAACAUUUACCCUCAAGAUUGGAUUGAAUUUUUGGACAAACAGUACGAAAUUCGAAUGGGUGACAAAGCUAGAACAGCCAAAGGUGUAAUGACAGCCAAGUUGUAA